AUGGUAGGCGGGGGCUCAACACGCUUCCUAUCCCUCCCAGAAGAACUUAUCACGCGCAUUCUCGCCGAACUACCCGUCCGCGACCUGCUGUCCGUCUCAGCCACGAGCCGCCAGUUGAACAGCUACGCGUACGCGCCAGUUUUAUGGGUAAAACUCUUCCACUCCACACCUGGGUUUGACCUCACAAAGGACGCGCUUGCCCGCGUUGUCGCUACAGACCAGGCCCCGGGCUCUUGGGGGGGUCAGGACGGUCGCGAGUGGGAAUGGAGGUCGGCGGCUCCAUCGUCGUCGUCCUUCUGGAGCCUCCAGGCGCUCCUCACCUACGUGCGCGAUCUCGUAUGGCCUUCAGCUGUGAAUACCGCGGAUAAGGCUCUAUCUCAGCCUCAACAGCCCGAUGAUAGAGACUCCACGGACCCCGAACCUCGUCCAGUGCCCAGUAACCGACCAUCGCCCAUUCCAGUCCACUAUCCGACUCUGUACCACUCCCGAUGCCUCAUCGAGGACGAGAUGCGAGCUCGUGGCCCCCACGCUGCGUCCGACCCCAGUGGUUCCCUCUUGGACGACGGAACAGCGGUGGACAAGGCGCUCGACUCGGAUUUCCGCGUUCACCCCAACCAUGUCUGGGCCAUCGAGGAACACAGUGCCAAGGUCUAUGCCGUGGCUGUGCAUGACCAGUGGGUCAUUUCGGGGUCGCGCGACAAGACAAUCAAGAUCUGGCGUCUUCCAGACCUUCCCAUUGACAACAAGGUUCUUGAGUGGGGCCCUGACGUUGCCCACACUGUCAAGGAGGCGCACGACGGCAGCAUUCUGUCACUCAAGUUUGAGGUGGAGGAUGAAGUUGCGGGACGCGACACGGGGGUCAUCGUCACGGGAUCGAGCGACCAUACUGCCAAGGUGUGGGAGGUUGACUGGGGCAAGGGACGCGCAAAGCCAGGCGACGACUGGGAAGGAGUGGCGGUGACGCUCAAAGCGACGCUUACCGGCCAUACCGACCGUGUCUCCAGCGUCGCGCUCACGAGCCAGUACAUUGUCACAUGCUCGCACGACCAGACUGUUCGAAUUUACGAACGAGCCUCCGUGUACGACAACAGGACAGUCACACUCCUCCACCGACUGUCCCCCGAGCGAGGCUCGCUCGUCGCCAUUGCUGUCAACCCAGACCCCACUGUUCACCAGGCCGUUGUCUCCGGUUCACUUGGUUGGGUAACCAUCGACCUCGCCAGCGGAAACGAGCUUGCCCGCGUCAGCUGUGAGCCUGCUGGAUCCGUCACGUGGUCGCCAGAUGGCAAGUACAUUGCGUGCGGCGGCAAAGAAGGCGAGGUGGCACUGUACACGCCAGCGGGCGAGCUCGUGCGGCAGUUUGAACAAAACAACUCGUCGAUGGUCCGCAGUGUCCGUGUCGAACCUGACAGUGGGACAUUGCUCAGCGCCGGCCACGACUGUCGUAUUUAUUUCUGGAAGCUCGACGCCAACAACGCGUAUCGGUGCUACGACUUUCCAGGCCAACCCAUUUUCCAAAUCGACAAGAGUGGCAUGAACCUCGUGGCCGCGGCAGGCAACAGCGUCCUUUUCAUCACCUAUGGCGUGUGGAUGCCCUACCUGGGGUUGUACGCAUAG